GGAGAGUGCGCCUCCGGGUGUCUCGUUCGUGACAGCCAGGCGGGGCACUCGCCAAGAGAACCAGGCGGCGAGCCGCCCACUUCGCAGGACCGGCCACGAACGACUGCGACUGUGAAAUUCGCCUUCUGGCGCUGGACAGUCUGCUCGCCGAGAUUUGCAAAGCUUGGAUAAGCGUCGUGUGUCUCUUGCGCAUCGACAGCCUGCCGGCAGCCCGACCGCGCCCCUCGCCGCCUUUGUAACCUGCGCACGGCCCGUUUCGCCCGCACAGCCUCCUCCACCCCAGACCCUCGUCCGCGCCCUCUACAGGCUGCUGUCGGCGACAUCACCACCCCUCGUGCUACCGGAACGAGACGUCUACCGCACUGCGAGCUCUGAGAGCCGCACGCCCGCAUCGCCGACGACAUCUCCACGCCCAUCACAGAUACGCACAGCAUGGACGGAGCCGGUCAACCCAACCUGCGGGUCACAAUUAUCGCCGCAGAUGGCCUCUACAAGCGUGAUGUAUUCCGGUUCCCGGAUCCCUUCGCCGUAGCCACCAUCAAUGGCGAGCAGACGCGCACCACGAGCGUGAUCAAGAAGACGCUGAACCCGUACUGGAACGAGAGUUUCGAUAUGCGGGUGACGGAGGACAGCGUGCUGGCGGUACAGAUAUUCGACCAGAAGAAGUUCAAGAAGAAGGACCAAGGCUUCCUCGGCGUCAUAAACGUGCGCAUAGGGAGCGUUAUCGACUUGGACGCGGGCGGGGACGAGAUGCUGACCCGCGACCUUAAGAAGUCGAAUGACAACAUGGUCGUGCACGGGAAACUUAUCCUCAAUCUGUCCACAAACCUGACCACCCCCAUCAACCAAGCCGGCCAGAAUGCGAACCGCCCCUCCUUAUCAGCACAUUCGUCCGUGAACGGGAUAGGCGGUGCUCCCCCCGCUGCUACAACACCGCUUCAGUCCACGCAAACCCUCCACCCCGACAUGUAUCCUGGUCAGCGACCCCAAGUGCCUGCCCAGCCGACUCCUCAGCGCCUCAGCCAACCCACUCCUCAAGUCCCUCAUGUCGCGACCUCCCAGAAUGGAGCGUCCCAGAAUCGCGGAUACAGUGCUUUUGAGGAUGCUCAGGGACGCCUACCGCCGGGCUGGGAGCGCAGAGAAGACCACUUGGGCCGAACGUAUUAUGUCGAUCAUAAUACCAGGCAGACUACGUGGAUAAGGCCGGGCGCCGGGUUUAAUGAGGCUGAUCAAAGAACUGCAUUAGCAGCGCAAACGCAGGUGGAGCGUACCCGCCAUCAGAACCGCAUGCUGCCUGAGGAUCGCACUGGCGCUAAUUCGCCCACGCUAUCCGAACGCCAGCCUUCGCCGCCGGGACCUUCGUCUACUGCAGUGAACAUGAUGGCUACAGGAGCAACGACAGCAGGAACGGGAGAGCUUCCAUCAGGUUGGGAACAACGACAUACUCCGGAAGGACGACCUUACUUUGUCGACCACAACACCCGUACCACGACCUGGGUGGAUCCUCGGAGGCAGCAGUACAUCCGCAUGUAUGGCGGGCAGAACGCUAACAACAGCACCAUUCAGCAACAGCCCGUGUCGCAGCUUGGCCCACUGCCGUCAGGAUGGGAAAUGCGACUCACCAACACAGCGCGAGUAUACUUCGUCGACCAUAACACGAAGACUACCACCUGGGACGACCCUCGACUACCUUCUUCGCUCGACCAGAACGUUCCUCAGUAUAAGCGUGAUUUCCGCCGCAAACUGAUCUACUUCCGAUCGCAACCGGCUCUUCGCAUUGUCUCUGGGCAAUGUCACGUUAAAGUCAGAAGAACGCACAUCUUCGAAGAUUCAUAUCAUGAGAUCAUGCGGCAGAGCGCUGCUGAUCUCAAGAAACGAUUGAUGAUCAAGUUCGACGGCGAAGACGGUCUGGAUUAUGGAGGUCUUUCUCGAGAAUUCUUCUUCCUGCUCUCGCAUGAGAUGUUCAACCCCUUCUAUUGUUUGUUCGAAUACUCCGCUCAUGACAACUACACCCUUCAAAUCAAUCCUCACUCCGGCAUCAACCCCGAACAUCUCAACUACUUCAAAUUCAUUGGGCGUGUCGUUGGUCUGGCCAUCUUCCACCGUCGCUUUCUGGAUGCCUUCUUUAUUGGAGCCUUCUAUAAGAUGAUCUUGAGGAAAAGAGUGCAACUCGCGGAUAUGGAGGGUGUGGACGCCGACUUCCAUCGCAAUCUUGAGUGGAUGCUUAACAACGACAUCACCGACGCGUUAGAGUUGACCUUCUCCACCGAAGACGAGCGAUUUGGCGAGACUGUUAGCAUCGAACUAAAGCCAGGAGGCGAGGACAUCGAAGUGACGAAUGAGAACAAGAAGGAAUAUGUCGAACUCAUCACGGAAUGGCGUAUUCAAAAGCGCGUCGAAGAACAGUUCAACGCAUUCAUAUCCGGUUUCAACGAGCUCAUUCCUCCGGAUCUUGUCAAUGUUUUCGACGAAAGAGAACUGGAACUCCUCAUCGGUGGAAUCGCGGAUAUCGACGUAGACGACUGGAAGAAGCACACCGAUUACCGCGGCUACACAGAAAGUGACGAGGUCAUCGUCAACUUCUGGAAGUGCAUCCGGAGUUGGGACGCCGAACAGAAGUCUCGUCUGCUGCAGUUCGCAACAGGCACGUCGCGUAUUCCUGUCAACGGAUUUAAAGAUCUGCAGGGUAGCGAUGGCCCGAGAAGGUUUACCAUCGAGAAGGCUGGCGAGCCGACUCAGCUGCCGAAGUCCCAUACAUGUUUCAAUCGUCUAGACCUGCCGCCGUACAAGACGUACGAGGCGCUCAACCAGAAGCUCACGAUUGCUGUGGAGGAAACUGUUGGAUUUGGACAGGAGUAGAAGAGCAUUUGAAAGUCAGCUAGGGUUUGCUAUGCAUCCACAUCCGCGCAUUCGGUCCAUACACAGCUUCACGCGCGAGGAGUGAAGGAGAGGGGAUACUUGGCAACUUACCUGUGUACAAAAGCGUGAAAUGGAGACAGCUUCUGGAGAGCAUGGAUCGUACAUGAGCAUCAUUCAUCAAGGGAGGAUUGGAUAUAAUUUACGGUCGAGAGGUCGUUCCACUUUGGGUUCUCAGCCAUGAUCGCGCACUUGACCGUUUGAGAGACGCGAUGUCAGGGCGUUACUUCGGCCAAGCGGGUUGGAUUAGGUGAAAUAGGUCGUCCUUUUCUAGUGAUACUGCAUGGAGUGGGUGGGAGCAGGCUGCAAUUGCAAUAACGUUGAUUGAAAUCUCCCCGAUUGAUGUUGUGCUGCCAAUGGUCUAGAAUAGAGAGCUUCUGUGCGGUGGAUUGGAAGAG